GGUUCCCUUACGCAAGCUCGAGCGCGGAAGCGCUCCCCCCACCCAGCCGCCGUCGACAUUUUGAUUCACUCUCAUUGACGCAGACCUCAGCCGGUUCUUCGGUAUGCUGUCCCAUCUGAGGUUCCACAGGCGAGGGCCCUCGAAUCCUGCCUCGCCUACUCCCGAUAAUAAUCCUACUUCGCCUACAUCCACUGUGCCUUUCUCUCCCGAUGCACUCUCUCCGGAACUGCGACCGACCUCGUCGAAUCCUUCUGCAUUGCCUCCCACUCUACCACCCAUAGCCCGUGUUACCACAGAGGACCUUGGGAAAUCACGAGAUAGCCGCCAAAAUGCUGCCACAAGCCCGCUAGAUCCUCCUCGACCGCAACCCAACUCCAAAAGCUCAUCUAACAAAGGAUCAUUCAUUGGCGGUGUCGCUCUUAGAAAGUAUCAGCGGGAUUUGGAAGCUCAGGCUCUUGAAACUGCGGACAACGGAAAAGGACCCAGUCUACAUGGGCAACAUUCAGCAUCUCAACCAUCAUUGACCUCAAAUAACGCUCCUUUGCGGCCAUCGCCACAAGUUCUGAGGAAUGCGAAAGCCGCAUCCUCUUUCAGUACACCUACAGAUCUUCAGCACUCAGCCGCUGCGCCUACCGGUCGCCGUCCUGCAGGUACCCGACUGGUUACAGAACUCCCCUCGCUUACACAGACAACAAGCAACACCGAAAUCCCCAAGCCCAAAAAAGGGCUACCUUUUCUUAAAAAACCAAUGUCGACUCUAUUGAUGAGGCGCAAGAACAGCCAGCAUGCUCCUGACUUGCGCCCAUUACCCUUGGCUCGGCGCGGGGAGGAUCCGAUAUAUGACCCUCGUAUCAUGGGAACUCGGGUCCAUGAUUUCAGUGCCCCGCGACCCAAGAGGAACACCCCAAACAGGGAAACAGUGCAGCCUCCUUUCGCCUCGCCAGUCCCUAAUUCCGCUCCCCUUCCCACCCAAGAGAGGUUUUUGAAUCCAGCUGCCAAUCAGGCAGAUGAGACUCCUCUCUCGGCCACAUCUUUAACCCAGCGAGAGCCUAGUAAUGCUUCCGAGUCUAUUUACUCCCAAGAUUCCAGGGCCCUCAAGAUGACGCCAAGCAAUGCAUCUACUGCUGCUCAAAUCCCUGCAGCAGAGAUGGCCGCCCUCGCCUUGUCAGAUGCGCCUCCCGUGCCUCCCAAGGACAACGCUCCCAUCUCGGUUCAGCCAAGGUCGCCUCAAGCAUCACGGUUGAUCGAUGAAGAAGCAUACAUCCAUGAGAGAUCUACUUCACCUCGGGCUGGUAGAUCGAGAGGUCCCUCACUGUCUGGAUUGUCAGGCAAAGACAUCCCUUCUGCGAUCCCUCGACAUAUGAAGAGUACCUCCUCAAGGUUUAGCUUUGACAUGAUUGGCGCUGCAAAACAAGAGAAGCUUCUUGAGGACAGGCAUCGACAACGAGAGCUCGAGAAGAAGACGGCUGAACCCGCUGCAGCUCGAGACUCGCGUUUUGAUGACUUUGAUGACGAUGGUUUCGAUUACGAUGCAAUGAUGGAAGACGAUGGUUUCGAGGAAGAUAUUCCUAUGGUCGGUGAUGACUAUGAUGAUAUGGACGACGGCGGAUUCAACGGUGAAUUCAAUGACCACAUAGAUAACCAUCUGGAUAAUAACAUGAACAACACGCUGAACAACCCCAUAGGCAGGCAUCUCGACAACAACCUAAACAAUACGCUAGGCAGAAACGUGGUUAACGACCAAGACGAUGAGCUUGAUCCAGAUAACGAUCAAGAGAACUUCUCUGGCUUCGUCUUUCAACGAUCGGGCCCUACAUCGUCGUUGACAAGCCCACGCAGCGCAGGCUUCUUGCCAACCCCGAGGGAUGCAGAAGGCAAUCGGAUCGGAUAUGCUAUGAGUCAAUACACACCGAAUAUACUCGGAGAAUUGUCUCCCAACCUCCCCCUCGACCAACAACUGAAUCAAGAGAUGCAGGCAGGUGGACUGGGGAUCCAAGGACUGGACGUUCCGAGAGUGCCCAGCCUGGAGAAUGAGGCUGCAUUCCAGAAGAACCAAGACUUGCCACCAAUUGACACAGGGCGCCAAUUAAAUGAUGAGGAGCUCUAUUAUGAUGAUGGGAUGCUGGAAUUCGAGAGGAACGAGUUUGCUGAGGAUCUUGCUGCCCCUCCAGAAUGGGAUGAUACCCCUUUUGACGAGUCGAUAUUUGACAACAAUGAUACCGAUCAAUUCGGUCGACCGAUCGCAGGAGCAUUUGCGAAUGCAUUGCAACGAUCCGCGAAUCAAGAUGAGCCGAAUCGAUCGUCGGAUAUGACAGCGCCAUUCUCUGCGGGUUCAGAGAUGUCCAAGACUACGGCCCAUACAUCACUCAGUGUUGAGGAAAAGCAACCUGUCGAGCCUGAGGCUCCCCACGACAGUCCCAAACCUCAAUCACCUCCUGGCCCUUCAGCUAUGGUCCCUUCGUCAUCACCUCCUAGCAGUGGUACCAUGGCGGCUUACCAGGCUGCUCUCGCUGCCGCAACUUACAAGGCAGCAGCAUCGGGCAAAUUUCAACGGAGUUCUUCGCCAACGGCUGAUGAAACCAUUCUAUCUGAGCCAAGCCAAUCGCCUGAUACACCAGACCGCGAUAAUUCUUUUAGGCAGGACGACUAUGAGAGCUUUGAUGAUUACGGUGGCUACAACGACUCUUAUGAAGACAUGGCCGAUUUCGAGCUCGAUGACGAUGCUAUUAUUGCUGAGGCCAACGCAAGCGCUCUGGCUAAUGACUGCGAUGGGUGGUAUGGCCAGGAAUUCAAUUUCUACUCUGCCCCAGCUGGCCAGCAACAAGGACCCGAGUUUGAGUAUGCUAAUGGUGGCUUCUUCGGACCCAAGAAUGGCUUGGAUCGCAGCACAAGUGGACGCAUGAUCUCAAGGGAGCCGAACUUGACACCUAUCACAGAGCGGUCGGAGUAUUCCAACAGAAACUCGUUCAUGAGCCUUGGUAUGCCUGGCUUCAGCGGAACACCUCUGCAGAGUCCUGGUCUAGCUCAGCUUGCUCUAAUGGGUGAUCGUGGCGACGAGAUGACAUUGUCUGCCCUACUCCGUCUUCGAUCCAGGGCUUGGGGUGGCUCUCAAGCCAGUCUUGUGUCUAGCCAGAAUGGGUCCCCUCGGUCAGAAAGAGGUGACCUAUCUAGCUCACCAUGGGGUCAGAGUAUUAUGAGCCCAACGACCUUCCAUACUCGAAAGAACUCGGUCCUAUCUACCAUUAGUCAUGACUCGGACAGUGUGAGCGCGUCAGGAAGCCCGACUUUGACAGGUGGCAUUCCCGGUUUGACUUUGUCUCCUCCUCCUGUCCCGACACUGGCCAAACUUGACACCAGUGUUAGAGGGGAUGUCCCGGUAGCGCCUCUAAAUAUUAGCCGGCCCCCAUCAAAGUCUUAUGACAACCCUAUCUCUCCGAUAUCCGAUGCUGAGAGCAUGCCGGCGUCGGCAAUGGUGAGCCCUCUGGAGACUUCGAACAGGGCUAGCAUGGUUGAGCCAGGCUCAGCUCCAAAGCGUCCGGGUAUGGGCCAUCGACACAAAGGCUCAGCUGAUAGUAUAUCAUACGUCAAAGAGGAAGAUAGUGGAGCUACGCGCUGGGUCAUGGAACGACGACGCACCGGGGAAUCUGGCCAGAUUGAGAUUCUCGAACGAGAAGUUCUUGAAGGAGGGCGAAUAUAGGAUAUGAUUCGCUGUUGUUGUUUUAUGAAUGACUAGAUACGACCAACGGAAAAGGAACAAACUGAUACACCAUGGCAUGAGGAGUUUGGAUUGGGAUUGGAUAUACACAGUAGACACCGGUGCGAGCCGUAGGCCCUCGAAUAUAAGAGCCUCGGCCAUGGACAAAACAGAAGGGAGGAGCACAAAAGUCAUUAAUGGUGUUGCGGAGCUAUAUAUGGGGGACACAAGCACUUAUAGCUUUUGCGUUGUUGUUUGUAUAUAAUUAUGGACGAUGAGAGUCUCAGUCAUACCUAGACUAAUCAUCAGAGAUAUAACAGAGCGUACAAAAAGGAACGACUCAUCCUACC